AUGACUAUCAAUUGGACCGAGUGCUUGAAACUGGCUGAACCUUGUAUACCCGCAGUCUGCAAAUUACCCAACUGCAAAUGUAGUACUACAGAAAGUGGUAGUGCUAUUCCAACAUCAAAAAUACCACAGAUUGUUAUGUUAACAUUUGAUGAUGCUGUAACUACGAUAACGUACGAUUAUUUUUCAAAAUCGGUGUUUGGUCGUAAAAACCCAGAUGGGUGUCCAGUAACUGCCACUCAUUUUCUCAGUCAUGAAUAUACCGACUAUUCAAAAGUCCACGAUUUAUGGUUAAGAGGACAUGAGAUCGCUCUACAUUCUGUCACUCACGCAGCCAUACAAGAUUACUGGCAGCAGAUAAAUCUCACGACUUUCAAAGCAGAAUUUGACGAUAUGAGGCAGAUAGUCAUGCACUUUGCGGGAAUCCCCAAGAGUGAUAUACGAGGUACAAGAUUACCAUUCUUACAGACAUCGGGUAAUGUUAGUUUUCAGGGGUUAAAAGAGCUCGGAUUGGUUUAUGACAGCUCACUACCAACAAUACGAUAUGUUGAUACUCCAUUGUGGCCAUAUACUCUGGAAUAUGCCAGUCACCAAGAUUGCAUGAUCGAACCUUGUCCAACUGCCAGUUUUCCUAACGUCUGGGAAGUACCGAUGACUAUGUGGUUGGAUGAAAAGAAUGUUAGUUGCAGUAUGGUAGACGCAUGCACGAACAUACCCAAGCAAGCUGAGCCGCUUUCAAAAUGGAUCAUCAAGCAAUUUGAACGGCACUAUAACAACUCACGGGCACCCUUCCCAGUUUUCAUGCAUGCCGCUUGGUUUCUACGCAAUCCCGAAUAUUUCAAAGCCUAUAAAUUAUUUAUCGAUCAUCUUCAAAGUUUACCAGACGUUUAUCUCGUGAGUGUGAAUAAAGCUAUUGAAUGGAUAAAAAAUCCAAAGUCUUUGGACGUUAAAAAACCGUUUGGUGAAUGUGAAGUAAGAGUUCCAACUGCUAGCUGCACUCCUCGAAGUUGCGGGUUGAAAACAAUCACUGGUGAAGAAAGAUGGAUAAAUUCUUGUGUCAAAGUUUGUCCCGAUAAAUAUCCGUGGAUUUACAAUCCUCUUGGAAAAUAAAUCUGCAGAAUUAUGUAUAAUAAUGUAAUAGCAAUUUUUUGUAAUUGUUACAUUAACGUGAAUAAAAUUAGUACUUGUA